UCUCCCUCGUGGUCAAGUUCACUGUCGCGCGCAGAUUCGGUUUGGUCCUCCGGGUCAGUCCUGGCGUUCGCGUUUUUUUUCGUCCUCCAAUUUUCCGCCGGAUCACGAAGAUUUGUGUAUCCGCUAACUGCACACGAUCAUCAACCCGGCCUCCUGAUAUUAUAUCGUUUACUCGCGUUCUGAAUGCAAAGAUUUCGUGAAUCUCAAAAUAGUGGCGCAAAUAUAAAAUUCGUGCAAUCUUUCGACCGCCGUAUUCUCUUCGAAUAAUCACGGUUUAUUUUUCACCGGGUAUCGAAAACAAUAUUUGUUUCGCUAAAAAAAGAUGAUUUGGUUCCUGGUGAGUUUGUUGAAAGGCAGUGCCCUGAAAAGUGCGUUUAUCUGGUUCAACGUCUUCGUAAUAUCUUUGUUAUUUUGGUACCGCUCAAGGAAUUCAAGGGUGGAUAACUUCCUAACGUCUCUACCAGGACCGUCAUCUUAUCCCAUAAUAGGGAGCAUCCAUCUAUUUGUGGGAAAAUCUAAGAGAGAUAUCUUGAAAAAUGUCAUGAGAACAAUGGAUUAUUACUCGCGAUACAAGAUGUUCAGGUUCUACAUUGGAAGAAAUCACUAUGCAGUGCUUGCAGAUCCUCAAACCAUUCAGAGUGUUUUACGGAACCCAAAUUGCUAUGAUAAAGAUGUCACUUACAAUUUUCUUGGAAUUCCGGAUGUACUUUUCACUGCCAACGGUGAGCCUUGGGUGAAGGAGAGGAAAGCGGCAAGUCCAGGGUUCAGUCCGCGGAUCAUAUCUGCCAUGGAUCCCAUCUACUCGGAUCGGACACGCGGUCUCAUGAGUGCCCUCAAGGAAAGAGCCGCCACAGGAGAAGCGUUCAACCUCAUCGAGCACAUUCUUCCAAUGGCUAUCGAUACUAUUAGCGAUACUUUCAUGGGAGUUUCGCUCGACAUGCAAGCUAGAGACAAUGCAAAAUACGUGCAAGCAUUUUUACGAAUACCAGAUCUUUUUAUUGAGCGUGCAAUGAUCCCGGUAUACCAACCUGAAAUAAUCUACUCGUUGACUGGAAAGAAAAAAGAAUACCAGUCGUGUUUAAAUUUAAUGCUCUCAAUGACUCGAGAGGUCCUGGAGAAGAAGAUGGAGCAUCGCGCUGAACUUAACAAAACUUCUGGCGCAAGUUAUGAGGCUGGUAGAAAACUCUACUUAGAUAUUCUGUUGGAUAAAUUUGAAGCAUCAGAAAAGAAGGAUAUGAACCUCUUGACCCAUGAGGCGGGCGAAAUGUUUGUCGCGGGAAGCGUGACGGUAGCCACGAUGGUGAGCUGGGUUUGUUUGCUGAGUGGUGUCUUUCUUGAGGUGGGCGACAAACUUCGCGAGGAGAUAGAUUCGUGCGUGAAGGAUGCGCCGAACGCAACUAUCGAAGACUGUGCCAAACUAGAAUAUUUGGAUCUUGUAGUCAAAGAGGCGCUUCGUCAUUUCACAGUCCCGUUUAUCUCGCGAGUGGCCAAAAAAGAGAUUCAAGUACCUGAUAUUGGAACAGUUCCUGAGAAUACAAGGUUCCUUGUUUUCUUGUUGAAUCUCCACCAUGAUGCAAGAUAUUGGGAGAAACCCUAUGAAUUCUACCCAGAACAUUUCCUUCCUGAAAACGUCGAGAAGCGACCCAAAUGUGCAUACAUCCCGUUUUCUGUAGGAAUGCGUGAUUGCCCAGGAGCAAAAUACACGAUUCAGACAAUGAAAGUUCAAGUUGUGCGCAUUUUGUCUCAAUUCAAAAUUUCAUCGGCAAGAAUGAAACCUUGGAAGAACCCAUAUUUGGAGCUUAGUCUAGGAUUUGGUUUCACAGUUGUUCCUACUCGUGGUUGGCUCGUCACAGCUGAGCUAAGAAAUCAGAUCUCCGACUAAAUUUCAAUGCAGUUGCAAAACAACUGCGGAACUGCGAUUUGCCCAAGUAUUAUUAAAAUUAUAUUUACGUUGAUAUCAAAAUUUGCAAUUCUCUCUUAAAACAAGAGCGAUGCGCUGUUCUUCUUGUUAGCGUAUAAGCGGGAAAAUUCCUUGGAAGCCGUCCAUUAUACAGUCAGGGUUUUUUCCCUGACUUUUUGACCCCUCCCCUUCCUGUCAUAUUUUUCGUGGCAAGUAAAUGCCAGGCAGGGCCAAAAUUACUUACCUCCCUCUAAAAAGUAUGUUAGGUUUAUCAGUCAAUCGCUUCUUCAUACUGAUCACGAAAAAGUCGAAUCAAUCAACAUUUUCUCAGUAUUUGUAUAUUAUUGGUUCGAGCGAUCAGCUUCAGCUGAAUUCCUCUCCAUCUCACAAGGUACCCCUUAGCGUCAGUUAUAGACCAGAGCUAAUUCCACGGGAACUCCCUAAUUUGGAAUCAAUGACUCAAUUUCAAGUUUUUGUGGAUAAUGGCCCCUGUUCCUGUCGGGUUUGGUCAUAUUCUUAGAAUACGCAGUGAAACGUUAAAUCAAAUGGGGAGGGGGGCUCCGAAAAAUUAAUCCCGAAAAAAGCUUCCUUUUGUAGAAAUAUUAAAAACUUGUGAUCAUUUCUCAGAUCCACCAUCAGCGCGAUAGGCUCAUUGUUUAGUCAAGUAUCAAAAGUAGAAGCAUGUAUUAGGUGUAAAAUAAAAAUGAAAUUACCUCCAUACUUUGUUCCUAAUUAGAUUAUAUUUUACUUUCGGGAUCAAAAAAAGCGAUAGAGAAUUCUACGCCUUGGACUUCCUUCCUAUUUUAAUUUCCAAUCGCUCUGAGUUUAAGUAACAAGCAUUAUAGGUUUCUUUAUUAGUUUACAUGCGGUGAGUGAGCUGAGAAUUGAAAUUUCUUCCAUAGAAGAGGGAUUACUAUAAGCCUGAAACCGAAUGAAACAAGUAGUGCGAUUGCUAGGUGGAUUGAUUCUCUGUAUUGCCGGUUUUUCACUGGAUUGAAAGCGUGAAUGUUAAGCAUGUAUGUUCGAGUUCCUGAAAAUCCAUCCAAUGUAAGAUAGAAAAAAGGAUAAUGUUAACCACGAUCCAACUAGCCACUCAUGCUGUUUCGCACAUUCUAGUCUUAUCAAAAUCAGCCGAUCAAUAAGAUAUUUAAAAAAUCCGUUACGGGACAUUAAAAAGAAUGUGAAGUGUGCACAUAUUGCAUAUUGUAAACUCGAUAUUUUUUCCAAAUUUUAUAGGUACAAUCAUGUACUUUCGCUCGCUCAAAUUUUCUGUUAUUUUCGAACAUUGUGAAUAUUAAUAGAAGAUAUUUUACUCUGCUUUUGUUGAUGAUCAAUUUUGUUCUUAUUGUAUUGGUAGAAUCCGAAUAAAACUCAAACAUAGGAAAGAAAA